AUGCGACGAAGCCGACAGAAUCGAAUAUUUCUUCUUCUUCUAACUCUAUUAAUAUUCUAUAUAGCUUGGUAUGUAUUCAAUGCAAUUCGUCGACCUUCACGUGAACCGGGAGAAGAACAAGCCUAUUUACAUGCUGUUAGCGGAGCAUUACCGAUCAUACACAAUCCCAAAUUAUGUUCGAAAAAUAAAAUCGAUUUAAUACUCGUCAUUAUUUCAUCAGGUACACAUUUUCUCGAACGACAGGCCGUUCGAGAAACAUGGGGAUCCAUGACACACGCGUUCAAUAUACACUCUCAACGACUCUUUGUUGUUGGCUAUCAAGAGAGUAGUAAUCUUUAUAGUGAUCUUUUGAAUGAAGCUGAACAUGAAAAAGAUAUUCUCUAUUUAACUCAAGAUGAUAAUUCAAUGACAGUGAAAGAAUUACAUGCUUAUCGUUGGCUAGAUAAAUAUUGUCCGAAUGCGACAUUUACAUUCAAAACAGAAGAUGAUCUCUUUGUCAAUUCAAUUCUAUUGCAUGAACUCGUCAGUGAAUUGAAUCGUCAGCCAGAAGUUUCUCAAAAUCGUUCGCUAUACAAUAUUUCAUUGGAACCACUGUUUCAAGCACGUUCAAAUUCCGGUGUACAUACAUUUUUGUUCGGGUGGGCAUUCGAACCUGGCAAACCACAACGGAAUACUAGUAUGGGUCAAUAUUAUGUUAGUUACAAAGAAUAUUCCAAAGAAUUGUAUCCACGUUAUUGUUCCGGAUUUGGUUAUUUCAUGGAUUCGGAAACACGACGGUUAUUGGUUGAGCAAGGUUUUACAGAGCGACGUCCAUUUCGUUUUUCAGAUAUUUUUAUCACGGGAAUUCUGCCUGAACAAUUAAAUUUCGUUUGUGAUGUUCUGCCAUUUACCUACACUCAAGGAACCACAGAGCAAUGUAUUAACAAUAUUAAACGGAAUAAUCUAAAAGAUAUCAGAGUAUCAACGCCACCACUGCUCGUUUGUUCAACAGGCCGACAUAUAGCACAGAACACCUUUUCAGAUUAUUAUCGCAUUUGGACUGUUUUGAAGUAUGUUUAUGGUGAUCGAAUGCACGGUAACAAACAAAAUAAAGAAUAG